UUUUCCCUCGUGGAAGGGGGAUGUUGAAAUUUGGGGCAUUUUGUUCCACUUCACACUGAAGUGUUAAAAUCCUGAACAGAACAGAAACUUCCAGGCUCAGCACAGCUCUUUAAUUGCCUGGUUAAGCUGGUUAAAGUUAGUUCCCAAGCUUUUGUAUUCCCAGUUUCCCUGCUCCCUGGCUAAUAACACCUCUCCUAUCAGGAUCUCAAAGCACUUUUAAAUCACUGAUGGCCUCGGUGUCCAGAAAAGAGCAAAGCCAGAGUUCCCUGGGGGAAUGCAGAUUCCAGGUGGUGAUUCCUCUGCCAGGCACGGAUGUGGAGUCACCUCCCGGGUGAUAUUCCAGAGCCCUUUGACAUCACAUUUGGAAAGGGGUCCUAGGAAAGUUCUUUGCAGAUGGAAAUUGCAGUAGGAGUCAGCGGUGUUGUUUGAAAGGUGGAACAAUCACAGGGAAAACUGAUUUCCUUGGGGUGUUCCAGUCCAGUCUGUGCCGGUAGGUGCAGUUGGAAUCCUUGGAGAUGGGGGAUAAAUGAGGAGUUCAGACAGGAAUCUCAGGAAUGUUGUCUUUUAACCAUGCUUUCUGGCAGCUGGGCCACUGCAAGUCCAGUUUGGUGUAAUCUUUGUGCCCUUCCCGGCAGAACUGACGGGGACAGAGUGAUCCCACAUCCGAGGAGGAGGAGGAGGAGGAGAGAUCCCUGGCUGUGGGGUGGAGCAGCGGGGGCACUCAGCAGCCCAUCCUGCGGAAGCGAGCCGUGCCCGGACAGGUCUGGAGCAGAUCCAAGGUGUAUUUGCUAAUGGAAGAGGAGAUCUGAACUCAUUUGGUGGAUUUUGCAUGGCCAAACAACAUUCACCACCAGGAGAUGGGAGAUGGGAGCUGUGGGAGCUCCUGGCCCUGCCCAGGGCUCAGUGACACCAGGAGCUGUUGGUCCAGGACCUGGGGCUGUGUUAUUGUCCCUCAUCCCAACCAACAGGUUUAACAAACACAGAACGACUCCAGGAGUUCACACGAGCGAUAUCAGCCCCUUGCUGAAGGAUCCUGUGGCCUUCAGGACUUUGAUUGAUCUUCUGGAGGAUCAUGUGAAGGCAUCUUUCCCGAAAAUCGACUUCAUUGUGGGGCUGGACUCCCGGGGGUUCCUCAUCGGGACCCCGCUGGCGCAGAGGCUGGGCAUCGGCUUCGUGCCCGUGCGGAAAAAGGGAAAACUGCCCGGAGCCACCGAGUCCAUCUCCUACAGCCUGGAAUACGGCAAGGCUGAGCUGGAAAUCCAGAGUGAUGCUCUGGAACCAGGACAGAAAGUGGUGGUUGUGGAUGACCUGCUGGCAACUGGAGGUACCAUGUGUGCUGCCUGCGAGCUGCUGAAGAGGCUGAAGGCUGAAAUCCUGGAGUGCCUGGUGAUCAUAGAGUUAAAAGCCCUGAAAGGGUCGGAAAAGCUGAAUUCCAUCCCUUUCUACUCCCUGCUGCAGUAUGACUGAGGAGCAGCAGGGAGGAGGGAGCACUGGGAACAAAUCUGGGGCUUUAUGUAGUGACUGGAUGUCACAGGGGGGUGGGGAAGGGGGUUAAACACAGUUUUGAGCAUGGCCACAUGCUCUUCAAUCCUAAAUUUCCCAAGCACUGUGUUGAGUGUAAUGAUCCCUUUUGGAGUUCAUCCUUUUAGGAAGAAGGAACAGGCUGAUUGACUGGGGGGAUGGAGACCAAGAUGCAGCUUCUCUGAAUCUGUGGUUUUAGGAGACCAAAGUGACAAUAUUGCUGCUGAGGCAGGAGAGCUCUGACAGGCCACCAGCAUUCCCUGGGCUGGGCUGUCAGCCUCCAAGGAACCUGCUAAAAAAUUCCCAAAGAAACACAGGAGAUGGGCAAAAAGCAAUUCUUUCUGUAAGGGACAAAUCCUGCUGUAUUUGACCUCAGGAUGGGCUGGCUGCUCUGUGCUGUCGCUCUCACCAGAACAAAUUGCUCUUACACCAGGACUGUGCUUGUUCAGGAGAAUGAAGUGCCUGCUGUGUCCUUAAAUCAGGAUGGUGGUGCUGUGGGAUGAGCCCAGCCAGGGUUUUCCUUCCCUGGAGACCACAGGCACCUUUUGUUCAGCAGGAAUUCCCCAUCUCCUGCACCACAUCCCACUCCUGUUGGGCUGCUCUGGGCCACCAGGCUGCUGCCAGCUCAGAGCCUGCCCUUGGUGGGAGUUUGGUGCCAGGUGAGGCCACAGGAGAGGUGUUGCAGUGGUCUCAGGUGGGUCAUGGGGCUUUGGAGAUGCUUCCUCCAGCACGGUUCAGUUUGGUCACGGCUAAAUCCCUGCGUGCCAAAACUUCCACAAGCCUGAAACCAUCAGGGACUGUGUCCCUGGCCCAGCAGGGACUGGACUCACGGCUAAAAUAAAUAUUGAUGUAUUUUUA